CACACACCCGGUAUAAGAGGGCGGUGAAGGCCACGUCCUGGGCUCAGUAUCAUCAAGUGUAAGAGAUGUGGCGAGGCAGGGUGGUGUGGGCGGCGGUGAUAACAGGGGCGGCCGUGUGGGCGUCCCCGGCGGAUGACCUUCGACCUGAGCACCGAAGUGAACCUUAUAUUGACCUCGCUGAUCUCCCCGUCGCCUCUAACAACAUGUUCAUUUGGAAUAACCCUGAUGGUAGUUAUAGGUUUGGGAUGCAAGGAAACGACCAGUGGCGUGUAGAGUCCCGGGACCCUGACGGCACCGUGAAGGGCCGCUACUUCUACAGGACGCCGGAGGGUCGGGAGGUGGAUGUGUCUUAUGACUCCGGAAGACAAGGUUACCGUGCCAGAGGCCAGGCCAUCCCCGGGGGUGCUGCCCCCCUACAGCAGGAAGACAUAACCCAAGAGGAUGACCAGGUGGAGCAGCAGAUACUUUUAAAGCUGGCACAGCAACCACAGCAGCCACAGCUACAGGAGGACGAGAAAAUUGCCAGUCCUUACGGCGCUCUGCUUCUGUCAGAUGUGGAGGAAACAUUUCCCAGUGGUGACGGAAUCACUACCUACUCCGACACUGAAAACAUGGCGAUAAUCACCGACGUGCAGCUGCAGCACCUGCAAGAGGCGCCCGAGGCGGUGUUCCCGGUGAUCUUGAUACCCGGCACCUCUGACGUCCUGUCUGGCCCGCCCCACGUGAACGACAACCCCGUCCUGCCCGCUGCCAUAUCCGUGUAGACCACCCAUGCCCACCCCACUCCGUCUGCCCCUCCUCCACACCCACACCCGAAGGUCGUGAAUAAGUCAGUUGAGGAUGAUGAGUUAGGCCCCACGACCUUCACAUGUGUUACACCUGGCGAGGGAGUUGUCUGGAGGAAGAGGAGACGAGAGUCUUUUCUAAGUGACCGAUCGAAUAGACUUCGUUUACUGUUGGCGUCCACAACCUUCUUACAGGUUAAGUGGUUGUGGGUUGUAGAGUCACGCCGUCAUGGUUGAGGCACAACUUAGUGAACAACUCAUAACCAAUCAACAUCUGAGAGCUGUGACAGUCGCCGGGGACACCAAAAUUAGGCGGAGCUUAGUCGAGAGGUUACUCACUAAUAAAAAAAAAAGUCCCAGGUAGACUCACUGUGUGGUGGGAGGCUGAGGCUGUGUUGUCCUGUUUAUAUGUACACUAAUUGGUGGAGAGCGGGGUGUGUGGUGUGUCAGCAGGGCAGCUGGGGUGUUGGAGAGGUCGGUGUGUCGACAAUGGUGUUACCUGUAAGCUUUAAAGGGCAUUUUCUUGUUUACCAAUUUGUAGUUCAGGCACAGCUGAGAUGACCCAAGCAGGUUGUAGGGAGUUAGCAAGGGAGUGACAGUUACUUCUCAACACAUCUGUUCAUCAGUACAUCUCGCUGUUAACUUCGUCUAUAUAGAGACUAAUUACUAUAACAAACACUUCACAUUAUGUACUGUGAGCUCUGAAAGUUUACCAAGACUCUGAGUUGUGAGGGAAGAUGUAGCAGAUGUGUUGCGAGAUGGUGAGGGAGGGAGGGUGAGGGUGUGCAGCUGUGUCUUUCUACUGUGAUGUGUAGAGCAUAAACACUCUUAGUGAUG